AUGUGUCAACUCCUCAUAUACGACCUCAUCUGCUGCCACUCCUCCCAAAAAUGGUCCUACUGCGCAGACUCCCAAACCAGCGGCCGCAUCCCCUGCAAACACCAAACCUUCAAGCUCGUCUCCUACCCAACCCCCGCAGAGUUCGAGCCCGCGCCCAUCUGCCACCGCUCCGAAUGCCACUUCAACCGGCUCGACGGCGUCUGGAACUGCUGCUGGUGCGGCAAGACGCACAACACGACCGGGCGGUGCAGCGGCGGGAUGAUGUAUUACGAGUACACGACGUGUGAUCAUAUAUGCUGUCCGUUUUGCAAGAGGGGGGAUCAGGGGUAUUGA